AUGCUAUUUGGCAUGUUAUCCGUUGGGUCAAUCUGCUCUUUCUUCUGCAUUAACUGUGUUUUGUUGUUCACUCUGAAGAGUAAGCAGGUGUUUUAUGAGACAUCCCGAUAUAUCCUGCUGUUCAACCUGCUCUUUGCAGACACUGCUCACCUGGUAUCAAACCUUCUGCUUUACUUACUGUCUUUGCUGAUAAAAAUUCCAUAUUAUGCAUGUGGUGUCCUAGUUCUGUUCUCAGUUUUCACACAGUCAAUCUCCCCUCUCACCCUGGCUGUGAUGUCACUUGAGAGAUAUGUGGCUGUAUGCCAUCCACUGAGACAUGCUACCAUCUUCACCAUGAGAAGCACAGGAAUGGCCAUUGUUGUGGUGUGGGCCUUCAGUUUUAUCCACAUCCUCAUUCGAGUUUUUAUGCUGGUGUAUGUGUUCACAAAAAUCUCCCUAAAUCUGCAUGCAAAUGACUUGUGCUCUAAAGAAAACAUUUUUUUCUCACCAAUCUUUCAUGAUUUUGAAAAAGCAUAUGCCAGCACUCUCUUUCUGUCAGUGGGUGUAGUAAUCGUCAGCUCCUACAUUGGUGUAGCGCUUGUAGCCAGGUCUGCCUCAACAGACAAAGUGUCAACUAGAAAGGCUCUUCAAACGCUUCUAUUUCACCUCAUUCAGCUAAGCCUCAUUCUCAUCGCCUCCUUGUUCUCCACCAUCAUUAUAGCCAUAGCCAGAACUGUGAGGAGAUCCGCCCUUAUGCGGAUUUACAAUGUAUGCUUUGUGUUCUUGAAUAUCCUUCCAAGGUGUUUGACUACACUCAUCUAUGGACUCAGGGAUCAUACCAUCAGACCCGUUCUCAUGCAAAAUCUGUGCUGUUGGUGGAGAUGCUCAGUGUUCCUCAACAAGAGCCAGUGA